CACCAAAAAUAGAUUGCUUUCAGCCUUCCCCUCUGAAAGUGUGCAACAUGUCACUACGUCUUACUGGAGAAUUACCCUUCAUUUGGUUUUCCUAAUUCAAGAAGUCUCCUACCAGAAAUUGUACACAAUGACGCCACAGUGUAGUGUAGAUGUUUUGUUUGUGUUUUGUUUUCUUGAACUGAUAUUAUAAGGCUUAUCUGUUCAAGAAGGACCACCCCCACUUCUCUUCGGACUGUCAGCUGACGAUGAUAAUCCUUUGUUGUUGCUUGUGUGUACAGCUGGACUCCCCAUGCGAAGCCUGUGUAGGGUACACGCCUUCAACUACAGAGCUAGCGUUUUGAAUUUCUGAAUCAGAAUGUAGCUGUAUUUUCUUUUACGAGAUAUUUGGCUGUGCAAGGAGGAAUUUCAGACAAACCAGUAGAUCUAAUCUAGUAUUUCACCACUCACAAGACAAAAGGCAAAGGGAUUUGAGAGGCCAUAAUGAAUUUUCAACGGGCAACUUCUUAUGAUGACUGGGUGUGGGUCAAAGAUAAGGCUUUCUCUGUGCCCCCCACUGAGACUGUUCCCACCUUUAUGGUGCAGUGGAACAAUGUGGAAAAGAUGUUUGCUGUGACCAGCCGUGGCCGCAGUCGUGUUGCCAGUGAUGAAACAGACCCUUCCAACACAGAUUCUUUCAGUAUACCUGCUUUGUUCAGCAUUCACAAUACACUUUGUGGAAUCAAUGCAAAAGUGCCAAGACUGCCUAAGCUUCCAAAAGAGCCAAGAGGUUUGAAAGCUGUCCUGGUUGGGGUGCACAUUCCACACAACAUGGAGCCGUUGUGCAAGGAUUUGGAAAAUUACUUUGUGAAAGUAGCUCAAACUGUUGGCACCACAAUUUUGCAUGAAGUGAUGUUCGAGGCGGCGUCUCACACUGUUGACAUUUAUUAUGAAAAAAUGUCAGAUGUCCGUAAACAUGACUUGGAACAGAAAAUCGGCUUUGCGGAAGAUGAGCUUAAGAACAUUGCCUUUGAAAGAGAUAACUGCACGGUGAUGAAAGACUUAGAGGAUGUAUACAGGAGGGAAGAUGAAGCUGUGAUAAGAUUGAUCUCAGCAUUAGCUGAUUACUAUAAUCAUGAAUUGCAGCCAUAUGUGGAUAGCCAAUGUUUAUCAAGGAAAAAGAUACAGUUCUACAAAGACCAGAUGGCUAAUCCGGAUCUGGGAGAUCGCCUCAAAAAUGAGGGUAAGGAGCAACAUCUAUUCUGGGCUUGUCUUCUAAUUCAAGCAGAGGAAGUUAUGCAGGGACUGUACGUAGAGCAUCAGUCUGUGAUUGUUUCAAUCUUCAACGAACUCAUUGAGCAGAUCAAAAUAGACAAAGGUCGUUACGGCCCGAAAGCUUUUGAUUUGGUUGCUGCUAGUCGUGAGCUUCAUCUUUAUAAAGAAUUACAUUCAGCUAAAGUGCAGUUACUACAAAACAAGAGAAAACAGCUUAUUCAAGAAAAAGACAGGAUCCAUAUGCAGAUUCCUGAUGAUGAGUCAGUGAAAACAAGUUCUGAUGUCAAACAAUUGUUAGCAAGGAAGGACAGUGUGCAAGAAAAAAUCUUCAAUCUUGAGUUGGAUAUCCUGACAGAAAAGAAGAAGAUGAUCAAUAUGAAAAUUGAAAUAAGAAGGAGAGAGAUUUCAGAGUCUGAGGAUGAAAACAUAGUUUUUCACGAUGCAGUGGAAGAUCUUGAAAAUCUCUCUGAUGAAGAAGAGGAAGUUAAUUCAAUGAAAAUGGACUCUGAACUGAACAAGUUGAAGCAGGAAAGAGUGAGGAUUACCCAGCAUCAAUCAAAAAUAAAGAUAAAGAAGGAGAAACUUUUGAGUGCCAUCAGAGAUUGCCAAGCUCAGGAGAUGGAGGAAGAGAAAAGGCAGCAAAGCUUCCAUCAGAUCAAACAGAAAAAAGAGCGACAGCGACAAGAGGAAGAAGAGAAAUCCAGCUUUGUAUUUGAAGAAAGAAAGAAGACAAUUGAAAGAUUGAAAGAGUAUAAAGUGAAAUAUGCUGCACCGGUGACCAUCAAGCCUCCACGCUAUCAAAAACCUAGUGAAAAGAAAAACAAUGCCCAGGGUUCCAAAUCUGCUUCUGUCGUCAGACCUAGAAGUGGUUCUAAAGCUGGAAGUGCUCCAGACACCAAAGCAUCACUGUCCUCCGAUAAAUCAAAGGCUGGCCCAAAGCCUUGGAAGCAGAACAAGAGGAAGGGAAGCCAGAAGCCCGAGGAUAUCCCAGUGUCCAUACACGUGGCUGGGAAACCCAGUGAUACAUCUGCUGGGGGAGACACACUGCCUGUUACUGCUGGGUCAGAGAUUCCAGUACCCCCUCCACCCCUUCCAUCCUCAGGGACACCUGCCCCACCACCUCCCCCUCUCCCUCCUUCUUCUUCAAGUGGACCUUCUCCUCCUCCUCCCCCACCACCUCCUCCACCACCCCCUCCUCCACUCCUUGGUGCCGGUGUGAUGAAGAAACCAACUUGUGAAAUUUCGGAUAUUGCACAAGGUCUUGGAAAGUUGAAAAAGGUCGACAAGGAAGAGAAACAGUCAGCAAAUUCUGGGCACAUUGACUUGAGCAGCAUUCUAGCAUCCCGAUCAAAGCUUAAGCCAGCAUCAGCAAGGCAAAAUAGACCAUCUCCUCCGCAGAAUCAAGAUCCACUGAAUGACAUUUUCAACAUGAUUCGGUCUGGAGUGACUUUGAGAAAAGUGGAGCCAAGUGAUCACGGAGAACAUGAUUUGAUGACUGCUUCUUCUUCAUCCUCUGUGUUUGGCACUGAUGCAAGGAGCCAGCUACAUAACACUUUGAUAAACAAAAUUUGUCAUGGAGUAAGAGGAAUGUCUCCUGAAUCAGAUGAUGAGAAUGGGAGUGAAAAUGACGAAUUUGAUGACUAGUUUUCCCACCGACUUUAUUUAUUUUGUUUCCCCAUGGUUUACUGUUCCCGUCAGAAACCACUUGUGUUGUGACAGAUUUCUUUUUGGUGUACAAUUUUCUGUGGAAAGUAAGUUUUCUGUAAACAUGGAAAAUCAGAACUUUGUUUUAUUUAACCCUAUCCGUACGUCAUGUUUUACUAUCGUAUCCAUAUGACAAGGGGAACUCUGUGCCACC